CUACGGUGGCUUCGUCAUACAGCAAAUGAAAUCACAGAACCUCUCGCACCACGGCCGUUCCACCGGCUGCAUACAGCCAACCACACACAACAGACAGAGACACACAUGCCAAUGCAAUCUCGCUCCCUUGGUUGCUCCCCACACGUGUCUGCCUGCCUCCAGGCCUUCUGACCUCUCGUUCCGCAGCGCUCCAUCCCGAGUCGCGGUCGGCAGGGGGGAGGCUGUGCCAGGGGGGCUGUAAGGGGGCCGGGGCGAAGAAGCGGGGCUUGUGCGGCACGGAAGCCUCCAAGAGCGGCGCUUGGUACACAACGGCUGUGGCUGGCACUUGCCCGGGCCUGCAUGGAAAGGAAACGAACAUUCUUGGAUCCACACAUGUGAAGUCGGGCGGAUGACCGGCACGCCGCUGGUGGCUUCCACGUCUGGUCUGCCGCAAGAUGAACAUCUUGAAGUGCUUCCUCGUUCUUCUUCAGGAGGCUCCUUCGAAAGGAUGCAUUCUGCGACAGCGGGGCCGCGUCUCGCCUGCGUAGAUAAGCACGCCGCAGAGAAACCACAGACGGACGGUAAGCGUGCAAAUGGAUGUGGCAGACAAACUUUUGCCGUCUCACGUGUCUGAGUCCGGGGUCUGUGUCGAUGGCCUCUGAGGCUCUCCAAACCAGGGGUGUUGGAGAGCCUCAGAGGCCGACGGUCUCUUGCUGGGGUCCACGUGCAGCAGGCGGCGGACUAAGUCAACGGCGUCGGGGAAGCGUUCCUUGGUUCGCUUGCGAAACGCGAAGCCCUGACAGACAGACAGACAGACGCACAGAGAGCACACCACUUACUUGUAAGCUCGCUGAGUGAGUGGCUGCGUACCUUGUUGAUGGCCUUGAUGGAUUCCUUGGAGUUUCGGCAUUCCGUCAGUCGGAAAGGGGCACGGCCCUCGAGAAGCAUGUAGCUGCACAGAUACACACAUGGAUGGCCAGAGAGUAGGUGAGCAUGGCCGCCUCUCUGCGUCCGUGUUUCACGUACAGCGCAACGCCACAGGCCCAGAUGUCCGAGCUCUGGGUGAAUCGCCCUCUGAAACACUCGGGAGACUAACAAAGAAAUAUAUGCGGCGAAUGAAGAGAUGAAAGCCGCGCACGGUUCUUUGCUGAUUAUUGUGUCAGUCAGUCUUGGUUCACCAUAUAGGCGUGUGUGCCCACGACGCCCAGCUUGUCCUCUCUGCCGAGCGGAGUCGCGAACUCUAGGUCGAUGAGCUUCACCUUGAAUUCAUCUCGAGAGGGCUCUUGGUUGGCAAACAUGACGUUGUCAAGCUUGACGUCACGAUGGACUAGCUGCAAUCAACGCACACAAAGACAUCCACAAGUCUGCAUCUCGCCGAGUGCAGCCAGCAGCCACGUACCCCGUGCUGAUGCAAAUGCUCCACACCGCCGAGGAUGCCGGCCAUCACUUUCUUGAAGGCUUCCUCGCUCUCCAUCGCCUUCCCCCCCUCGUCGAAAUAGUCGCACACUGUGGGCCCCCAGAUGCGCUCCAUCAGCACGCAGACACACUUGCUGUCCUCGGCCAGCUGCUCCACGGUCACGAUGUUGGGAUGAGGGUUGAGCCGCACACGGUCAAAGGCCUCGCAGGCCGUCUUGACCGAGAACCUGCAGAUGUUCAUCCAUGUGUAUGCAGCUGCUAGUGUCCAAUUGAAAGCGAUGCCUACCCUUUGGGCCUUUUUGUCUUCUUCCAGAAGGUCUGGAGGACGUAUGGCUGCUGAUCUCGGCUCACUCGUUCCAACACCGACCUGGUUACGCUGCACACAACAAGCACCUGUGUGACGCCGCCCGCCGUUGUCUUUCAUCAAGCUUACUCUCCGAUGUGCAUGAAGUCAUCGUCAUCAUCCCACUUGAAGAGCUUGUUCGUGUCCUCCACCUGCUCGGCGAAGCUCACCAUAGGCCCGCUCGCCUUCCGUCCCUUCCUCUUCACAACCAUUUUCCCCGUCGACAAAUCUCUCUGCUGUGUUGAUCUCCAACACGUGGUGUUGCUGCAGCGCACAGAUCU